AUGUCAAAGCCAGUACACAGCAAAAAUGAAAUACUGAGGUCCAACACUGGUUUGACCAUCAAUCCAUCCAAAGCCUAUUCACGCUCAGAAACAAGAUAUAAACUGACAGGACUUACUAUAUUUCAAGGAGGACUUUUCAGGCAAAGUCAAGCAAUCAAGAACAGGUUUCCAUCCAGGGCCACAGGUACACCAAGACUCGAGGAGCAUAUGCUCAUUGUCUUUUGUAUGCUUCUAGUGCCUUCCGUCCAGGUCAAGCAUCAGGGAUCCGAUCAGAGUCCACGGUUAUCAGUAUCCAUUCCAUCCAGGUCAAGCUUCAAGGUUCACGUCAAGGUCCACGGUUUUCAGAUCGAGGUCCACGGUUUCAGUAUCCAUUCCGUCCAGGUCAAGCAUCAGGGAUCCGAUCAGAGUCCACGGUUAUCAGUAUCCAUUCCAUCCAGGUCAAGCUUCAAGGUCCAGGUCAAGGUCCACGGUUUUCAGGUCAAGCUUCAAGGUUCAGGUCAAGGUCCACGGUUUUCAGGUAUAUCAAAACUCGAUGAGCAGUUACUCACUUGUUUUUGUAUAUUUCUAGUAUCCAUUCCAUCCAGGUCAAGCUUCAAGGUUCAGGUCAAGGUCAACGGUUUUCAGAUCAAGGUCCACGGUUUCAGGUAUAUCAAAACUCGAUGGGCAUUUACUCACUUGUUUUUGUAUAUUUCUAGUAUCCAUUCCAUCCAGGUCAAGCUUCAAGGUCCAGGUCAAGGUCCACGGUUUUCAGGUAUAUCAAAACUCGAUGAGCAGUUACUCACUUGUUUUUGUAUAUUUCUAGUAUCCAUUCCAUCCAGGUCAAGCUUCAAGGUCCAGGUCAAGGUCCACGGUUUUCAGGUCAAGCUUCAAGGUUCAGGUCAAGGUCCACGGUUUUCAGAUCAAGGUCCACGGUUUCAGUAUCCAUUCCAUCCAGGUCAAGCUUCAAGGUUCAGGUCAAGGUCAACGGUUUUCAGAUCAAGGUCCACGGUUUCAGUAUCCAUUCCGUCCAGGUCAAGCUUCAAGGUUCAGGUCAAGGUCCACGGUUUUCAGAUCAAGGUCCACGGUUUCAGUAUCUAUUCCAUCCAGGGCAAGCUUCAAGGUUCAGGUCAAGGUCAGCGGGUUCAGGUCGAGGUCCACGGUUUCAGGUCAAGCUUCAAGGUCCAGGUCAAGGUCCACGGUUUCAGUAUCUAUUCCAUCCAGGUCAAGCUUCAAGGUUCACGUCAAGGUCCACGGUUUUCAGAUCGAGGUCCACGGUUUCAGUAUCCAUUCCGUCCAGGUCAAGCAUCAGGGAUCCGAUCAGAGUCCACGGUUAUCAGGUAUAUCAAAACUCGAUGGGCAGUUACUCACUUGUUUUUGUAUAUUUCUAGUAUCCAUUCCAUCCAGGUCAAGCUUCAAGGUUCAGGUCAAGGUCAACGGUUUUCAGAUCAAGGUCCACGGUUUCAGUAUCCAUUCCAUCCAGGUCAAGCUUCAAGGUUCAAGUCAAGGUCCACCGUUUCAGUAUCUAUUCCAUCCAGGGCAAGCUUCAAGGUUCAGGUCAAGGUCCACGGUUUUCAGAUCGAGGUCCACGGUUUCAGUAUCCAAUCCAUCCAGGAAAAGCAUCAAUGUUCCGAUCUACCAGCUAUGGUUAUAGCCAUCCAGGUCAAGUGUCAAGGACCCGAUUUCCCGGCAAUGGGUAUAGCCAUCGAUGUCAGGCGUCAAGGUUGCGAUCUUCCAGCCAAGUGUUCACUCAUCCAGGUCAAUCAACAGGAUUCUGAUCUCCCGUCCAUGGUUAUAGCCAUCGAUGUUAGGCGUCAAGGUUCCGAUCUUCCAGCUAUGGUUCUAGUGUUCCGUCAUCCAGCUAUCCAUGUCAAGCGUCCAGGUUCCGAUCUCCCAACCAUGUUUACAGCCAUCCGUGUCAAGCGUCAAGGACCCGAUCGCCCGUCCAUGGUUAUAGCCAUCCGUGUCAAGCAUCAAGAACCCGAUCCCCCGUCCAUGGUUAUAGGUAUAAAAACAUUAUGGUCUCCAGUCAUCAAUGUGAAGCGGCAAGGACCCGAUCGACCGUCAAUGGUUAUAGUUAUCCAGGACAAGCAUCACGGUUUCGAUCUCCCAGCUAUGUUCAAGUCUCCAGCCAUCCAGGACAAGCAUCAAGGUUCCGAUCUACCAGCUAUGGUUAUAGCCAUCCAGGUCAAGUGUCAAGGACCCGAUCGCCCGGCCAUGGGUAUAGCCAUCGAUAUCAGGCGUCAAGGUUGCGAUCUUCCAGCCAAGUGUUCAGUCAUCCAGGUCAAUCAACAGGAUUCUGAUCUCCCGUCCAUGUGUUCCGCCAAUCAUGUCAAGCGUCCAGGUUCCCAUCUCCCUGCCAUGGUUAUAGAUUGUUCAGUCAUCCAGGUCAAGCAUCUAGGUUCUGAUCGCCAAUCCAUGUGUUGGGCCAUCCAGGUCGAGCAUCAAGGUUCCGAUCGCCCGUCCAUGUGUUCAGUUAUCCAGGUCAAGCAUCAAGGACCCUAUCGCCCGCCCAUGUCUCCAGCCAUCCAGGUCAAGCAUCAAGAUUCUGAUCGCCCGUGCAUGGUGAUAGCUAUCCAGGUCAAGCAUCAUGGUUCCGAUCGCCCGUCAAUGGUUAUAGCCAUCCGUGGCAAGCAUCAAGGACCCGAUCACCCGUCCAUGGUUAUAGCCAUUCAGAUCAAGCGUCAAGGACCUGAUCACCCCUCUAUGUUUAUCGGUAUAAAACAACAUUAUGGGCAUAUACUCACUAGCUUUAAUAUAUUUCUAGUAUGCAGUCAUCCAGGUCAAGCAUCAAGGCUUCGAUCGCCAGCCGAUGGUUAUAAGUUCUUCCAGAUCAAGCAUCAAGGUUCUGAUCUCCCCGCCAUAGUUAUAGAUUUAAUAUAUCUCCAGUCUCCAGCUAUCCAAAUCAAGCAUCAAGAUUCCGAUCUCCCCGCCAUGGUUAUAGAUUUAAUAUAUCUCCAGUCUCCAGCUAUCCAGGUCAAGCAUCAAGAUUCCGAUCUCCCCGCCAUGGGUAUAGUGUUGAAUCCACCAAGAUCAUGCUUCACGGAUCCGGAUUCAGUCCGUGGCUAUAGGCCAAACAGCAAGGAUCAAAACUCAAAUUUGGGCUACAGUUCAAAUAUCAAAGAUCUGAUUUCAAAUCAAGGUUACGGGUACACACUUUUCUCUCUGUCUUUACAUGCUUUCUUUCGUAUUGGCCUAGUGUGUUUACGAUCCGGCUACACAAUGAAAAAUUUGUUUUCCUUCCAGUGCGACAGGUAUAUACAUCUAGUUCGGCCUUUAGUUACUGUUGGCUUUAUUUCUAUACUGGCUUCACAGUCCAAGCCAGCCAUCAUGGAUCCUAUAUCCGUCCAGCGUUACAGUGUCCUUGCAGUCAAGGGUAACGAGCAAGAACCCGGUCUCCAUAUUGGGAUAUAG